GUGGACAGAGAUGAAAUGGAGAAGGUCAAGGUCGUUUUCACGCAGAUGGCAGAGGACUUCCACCUCAAGGUGUUUGCCUGGAGGAGUGUACCAGUGGACAGUACACAGAUAGGACGGGUUGCUAUGACAACAGAACCAGCCAUAUUACAGGUAAAUUAAUUAGAUCCUCUGGGUGGAAAUGUUCUAAAGAUAUUUACCUGACAAUAUUAUAAUUGAUUUCAUAGCGUUAAUAAUCAGCAAACAACAUCUGUAUCCCAUUUUAUUAGACAGGAUAUGUUAACAGCAACACAGACACGUACACACUUUGGCUGAAUUUGAGAAUUUGGGACUUUUUUUUUUUAAAGAAUUUGUAUUGUUGAAUUCAAAUACCAGUAGACUCCUAUGAUCUGAUGUCAGUGUUGAGACGUACAGCAAAAUAGUUUGGUACCAAAAUAUAAAUUUACUUUAUGGCUGUAGAGUUUGGAAAUCUGGUUCAUGGUCCAAUUUUUGUUCUCGAUCAUUAAAAGAAAGUAACAUUUUUAGAAUAUUGUAACUUGAGGAGAAAAAAAUGCAGUCGGGAGGUAUAUGUAAGUUACUAUGUUGGUUGACAUAUACUUGCUAGACUACAGUGGCAAUUCAUGAUGAUUGAUCAGUGAGGAAAAUAAAACUGUAAUUCAUACAAUCAUGGGUUGGAUGUUGAUAUCCUAAAACUAAGAUCACAGAUAGAAUUUCUCUCUGAUAAACAUGACACUGCAUCUAAAUCAGAUCUCUCCAGCAAAAAAGAAAGUAAAUAAUGAGAAAUAUAGAAACUAGUUAACAUUUUAUAGGAAUUUAAUGUAUAUUACAAUUCAAUCACUAGUCAGUUCAACUGUUGCUUUAUCUAGUACAUACAAUUAUCUUCUUUUUGUAGCUCUUAAUGGCUACUGAAUCGAUCGAUUAGUUUUCCUUGAGCAAACAAAGAAUCAAUUUCCUGACAAAAUGAUUUAGUGAGAUAUGCUGGUAUUCAUCAAAAAGCAUAGAUUGCUUUGGUCAGACGCGUCAGAGGUGUCUGUUCUGUGUACUUGUCUGUGUUGUUGGUAUGAGCUCGAGUCUGUUAUACAGUACUUUAACAGUUACCUAGUCACAGAGUACAAAGCUUUGGUUUCAAACUUUAGUUUUACCAUCACACAUACACACGAACACACAGAAAAUUAGGAAUAUUCCAAUUAUAUACAAGACUGUGAAUUCUUGAAUAUUUUAGUUUAUCACAUGAAUGUUUCUUAAUACCUUCUUUUGCGAUGUUUUACUAUGUUUAUCCCACUCAUUGAUAUAGAAAAAAAUUAUACAUUUAUCUACCAAUAAGUUGUAACAAAAGCAUAAGUCAUGCCAUGCUUUAACCAAUGUUUAUAUUCUAGGCAAAAGAAAUAUAGUUCCCAUAAUGCCUCAUUCAAAAUGGUUUUGUGUCCAGGUGUUUGUGACAGGAAGUGGCAACAAGGAGAAAUUUCAACGCCAGGUAUACCUGUUGAGGAAGUUCAGUUCUCACAACAUCCCCAAAGAAAAUCUCCGCUACUACAUCUGUACCUUAUCCACCGAGACUGUGGUCUACAAAGGUCAGCUGAACCCACAGCAGUUAUGGCAUUAUUUCCCAGAUCUUGCGGACCCCGAGUACGAAACUCACAUCGCUCUCGUCCACAGUCGCUUCUCCACCAACACGUUCCCCAGCUGGGAAAGGUCACAUCCCAAAAGAAUGCUGGCCCAUAAUGGGGAGAUAAAUACUCUCCGUGGAAAUGUAAACCUGAUGCGGGCUCGGGAGGGUGUCAUGCACAGUGCAGUUUAUGGGGACGAGCUAAAGAAGCUGUAUCCAGUGGUGGAGGAGGGGAUGACGGACUCGGGUUGUGUGGACAAUGUCCUAGAAUUUCUUUGUAUGGCUGGAGGACGUGAGCUUCCGGAGGCGAUUAUGACCAUGGUUCCCGAGGCCUGGCAGAACGACAAGAACAUGUCUGCUGAGAAGAAGGCUUUCUAUCACUGGAGCGCCUUUGCUAUGGAACCCUGGGACGGACCAGCUCUUUUGACGUUCUGUGAUGGUCGCUAUGUCGGUGGCAUCUUAGACAGGAAUGGCCUGCGGCCUUCACGAUUCUAUGUCACCAAGGACAACAUCAUGUACAUGGCUAGUGAAGUGGGCGUGAUCGACCUUCCCACUGCUGACGUCGUACAGAAGGGUCGGUUGAAGCCAGGUCGGAUGUUGUUGGUUGACACGGAGACAAAAUCUUUCAUGAGGGACGAUGUGAUCAAGAACCACCUGGCAGGACUCCGACCUGUAUCCAAGUGGCUUCAGGAACAGACCGUGUCCAUUGAAGAGAUGAAAAGGUCAUGUGACCCAGCAUCGUUAGCCCUGCCCACUUUCCAACUCCAUGAGACUCGACACGAAAGCUGGCUACAGAAAGAUCCCAGAGUCCCCUUGUUUGGUUACUCUAUGGAGAUCAUUAACAUGUUGGUGCUGCCUAUGGUCAAAGACAGGAAGGAAGCGCUAGGAUCUAUGGGAAAUGACGCCCCCCUGGCCUGCCUGUCUCAGUUUAACCCGCUGAUCUUUGAUUACUUCAAGCAAUGCUUCGCCCAGGUCACCAAUCCCCCCAUUGAUCCCUUCCGGGAGAAGAUUGUCAUGUCUCUGGCAUGCCCAGUGGGACCCGAGGCCAAUAUUUUGGAGCCGAGCGAAGCGCAGUGUCAGAGACUGUGGUUGGAACAACCCAUUCUCUCUCUGACUGACCUCCAGGUGCUGAAGGCCAUCAAUUACAGGGGAUGGAAGAGUAAGGUGAUCGACAUCGUAUUUCCGUUGGAGGCGGGUGGUGACGGUCUCAUUCCGGCUCUGAAGAGUGUUUGUCAGCAGGCCGCUGAAGCUGCUGACGAGGGAUACAAACUGGUCAUUCUGUCUGACCGCAAAGUGGGCCCUGGAACAGUGCCCAUACCGUCGCUGCUGGCGGGAGGUGCAGUCCACCAUCACCUGAUAGAGCAAAAGCUGCGACUUAAAGUGGGCAUCAUCUUAGAAACCGGAGAGGCCAGAGAGGUUCAUCACAUCUGUACUCUGCUGGGUUACGGAGUGGACGCAGUUUGUCCUUACCUUGUGUACGAGACUGUGUCUCGCCUCAGAGAAAACGGCUUGCUGAACCCCCCGCUGUCCGACGAGGAGGUGUUUGACAGCUACCAGGCUGCCUGUGCUCGGGGAAUCUCCAAGGUCAUGGCCAAAAUGGGAAUCUCCACGCUACAUAGUUACAAGGGGGCGCAGAUCUUUGAGGCCCUAGGGCUUCAUGAAGAGGUGGUCAACAUGUGCUUCAGGGGAACAGCAUCUCGGAUUGGAGGAGUCACCUUCAAAGAGCUUGCUAAAGAGGUGAUGAAUCGUCAUGCUCUAGCCUACACAGAGGAGGAUGUGGACCAGUAUGUUGUAAUGAACCCUGGACUGUACCACUGGAGGGACGGGGGUGAACAGCAUAUGAAUGAUCCACUCUCUGUUGCUAACUUACAGGAUGCUGCCAAAAAUAACAGCCAGACGGCAUUUGGAAAGUUCUCUGAGUCUGCGUGGAGGAGUGCAAUGAAGUGUUCCCUUCGAGGUCAACUGGAGGUCACUGGUGGUGUCGGACCUAUUGAUGUGUCAGAAGUGGAACCUGCCAAGGAGAUUGUCAAACGAUUCUGUACAGGUGCCAUGAGUUUUGGCAGUAUCUCGAUCGAAGCCCAUACCAGCUUAGCCAUCGCAAUGAAUCGGAUCGGUGGAAAGUCCAAUACUGGGGAGGGAGGCGAGAACGCAGACCGAUAUCUCAAUGAGGACCCACAGUUCAACAAGAGGUCCAAGAUCAAACAGGUGGCGUCGGGAAGGUUUGGGGUGACCAGCUCGUAUCUGACAAACGCUGAUGAGCUCCAGAUUAAAAUGGCCCAGGGGGCCAAACCUGGGGAGGGAGGAGAACUCCCGGGACACAAGGUGUCACAGGACAUUGCCAAAACCCGCCAUUCUAUCCCCGGGGUGGGGCUGAUCAGUCCUCCCCCUCACCACGAUAUCUACUCCAUAGAGGACCUGGCAGAGUUAAUUUACGACUUGAAGUCUUCCAACCCUGACGCUAGGAUCAGUGUAAAACUGGUGUCCGAGGCCGGGGUAGGAAUCAUCGCCUCCGGAGUGGCUAAGGGUAAAGCAGAACACAUUACAAUCUCCGGACAUGACGGGGGAACUGGGGCCAGUUCAUGGACAGGGAUCAAAAACGCAGGGUUACCAUGGGAACUGGGUAUUGCCGAGACCCACCAAGUCUUAGUGAUGAAUGACCUCAGGUCACGGGUCGUGUUGCAGGCAGAUGGACAGAUUCGGACAGGUCGUGAUGUGGUGAUCGCCGCUAUGCUUGGAGCGGACGAGUUUGGGUUUUCUACAGCCCCUUUGAUUACACUUGGUUGUACCAUGAUGAGAAAAUGUCAUCUUAACACUUGUCCUGUUGGCAUAGCAACACAAGAUCCGGUACUAAGAGCCAAAUUUGCUGGUAAACCCGAGUACGUGGUGAAUUAUCUAUUCCUGUUGGCUGAGGAGAUUCGAGAAAUUCUGGCCAAACUCGGACGAAGAAGUUUACAGGAAGUGAUUGGAUGUACAGAACUCCUGAAGUUCUCCCCGGAUCCGCAAAACCACAAAGCCAGUCUGCUGGACUUCAAACAGAUUCUGACUGAUGCCCAGACCAUCCGGCCAAACACAAAUAUUGUGGGGGGCAGCGUGGGCCAGAUAUUUGACCUUCACAAGAGACUGGAUUUUAAAGUUUUAGAGUCAUGUCGUGAUGUAAUUGAUGGUAAGCAAAAGAGCGUGACGUUGGAUUUGAAGAUCUGUAAUGAAGACCGGACGUUUGGGUCCACUCUCAGUUACUACAUAUCAAAGAAGACUGUGGAGGAUGGCCUUCCUGAGGGCAGCAUCAACAUCAACCUGAAGGGGUCAGGUGGUCAGAGUUUGUGUGCCUUUCUGGCCCGGGGAGUUCAUGUCACCCUGGAAGGUGAUUCUAAUGACUAUGUCGGCAAGGGCUUAUCUGGAGGCGAGAUUGUCAUCUUUCCACCCAAGGACGCGACGUUUAACUCUGUGGAUAAUGUCAUUGUGGGUAAUGUUGUGUUGUAUGGUGCCACGUCAGGAAAGGCAUUCUUUCGUGGACAGACGGCUGAGAGAUUCUGUGUCAGGAACUCGGGAGCUACAGCAGUGUCAGAGGGCUGUGGGGAUCACGGGUGUGAGUACAUGACUGGUGGACGGGUCGUGAUUAUUGGACUGACCGGAAGAAACUUUGCGGCCGGAAUGUCGGGUGGUUUGGCCUUUGUCUAUGAUAAAGAUCGUCGGUUUGACUCCAUGUGCAACCAGACCUCAGUUGAUCUGGAGAGUUUAGAGUUAGAUGAAGACUGUGAAUUUAUACAGAAUCUGCUGAAAGAAUUCCAUGAAAAGACUGGAUCAGUUCGCGCUCAAGACAUCUUACAGAACUGGGCCCAGGAAAAACAAUUCUUUGUCAAGGUUUUCCCUCGAGAAUAUCGUCGUGCUCUGACAGAAUUAGCAGAGGAGGAGGCAGCCAAGAAAAAUGUCGGUAUUCUAAACAGUGUCAUCAACGGCGAAACAAACAGUAACAGAGAAAAAGAUGACACCAUUGAAUCCGUUGCAAAGAAUCAGAAGGCGGGGGUAGUGGACAUUGAGGAAGCAAUCCCCAAUGCCACACAGAAUCAGAAAAAUCUGGAAAAACUUGACAAACUUAGGGGCUUUAUGAAGUACAGUCGGGCCAGCUACCAAUAUCGAGACGCCAAAGUCAGACAAAAAGACUGGAAGGAAAUCUACAACCACAAGGUGGUCAAAGACGGACUCAAAGUCCAGGCUGCCAGGUGUAUGGAUUGUGGUGUCCCCUUCUGUCAGUCACAUGAUGGUUGUCCCCUCAGUAACAUCAUACCGAAGUGGAACGAUCUCAUCUUCAGGGACAAUUGGAAGGAGGCCCUAAACCAGCUUUUACAGACCAACAAUUUCCCAGAAUUCACUGGGAGAGUGUGCCCCGCGCCAUGUGAGGGAGCCUGUGUGUUGGGUAUUAAUUCUCCAGCAGUGACAAUUAAAAACAUCGAAUGUGCCAUCAUUGACCACGCUUUUGAGAUGGGCUGGAUCAAACCAGAGCCACCAAUGGAGCGCUCAGGGAAAAAGGUGGCAGUGAUCGGGAGUGGCCCAGCGGGAUUGGCGACAGCUGCUCAGCUCAAUAAGGCAGGGCACAAAGUAACAGUGUAUGAAAGAAAUGAGAGAGUAGGUGGCUUGCUGAGAUACGGAAUUCCCACUAUGAAGCUGGAGAAGGAUGUGGUACAACGAAGAGUGGACCUGAUGAAAGAAGAAGGGAUCUCAUUUGUCUGUGGACAGGAAGUGGGCAAAGAUCUGUCAGCUUUGGAAAUUCUAGAGGAGAGUGACGCCAUGGUCCUAGCUCUGGGCGCCACCUAUCCCCGGGAUCUACCCAUACCAGGCAGGAACCUGAAUGGGAUUCACUUUGCCAUGAGUUUCCUGGAGACCUGGCAGAAAGUGCAGCAAGGAAACGAGAUGGAGUACCUUAAACUGUACGCAAAGGACAAAGACGUCGUCAUUAUAGGGGGUGGGGACACUGGCUGUGAUUGUAUAGCUACCUCACUGAGACAGGGAGCUAAGAGUAUUACAAGUUUUGAGAUUCUCCCCCCUCCCCCUCCUACGCGUGCUUCCAGCAAUCCUUGGCCCACUUGGCCUCGAGUCUUUAAGCUGGACUAUGGACACGAAGAGGUCAAGCUUAAGUAUGGGAAGGAUCCUCGGAUCUUUAACAUCAAGAGCACGGAGUUUGUGGACGAUGGUCAAGGAAAUGUGAAUGGAAUAAAAACAAUGAAAGUGGAAUGGACAAAGGACGAGGCUGGCCGUUGGAACAUGGCCGACGUACCAGGUUCCGAGGUGUUUAUAAAGUGUGAUUUAGUCCUGCUAGCAAUGGGAUUCUUGGGACCAGAGAAAAAGAUCGUGGAUGAACUGAAAGCUAAGCUUGACCCCCGUGGAAAUCUGGAGACCCCCCGGAACAAGUACUCUACAAGUAUUCCGCGUGUGUAUGCUGCUGGGGAUUGUAGACGGGGUCAGUCAUUAGUGGUGUGGGCAAUCUCUGAAGGUCGACAGGCAGCCCGACAAGUGGACCUUGACCUUAUGGGAUCCACCGGUUUAGCUGGACCAGGAGGGAUUGUGUACCAGCCAGAGCAGUGACAGAAACAUGGAAAAAUACUGAGCUGGGAGGACAAACAGAAGAGUGGGAGAAAGGGAGAUCACUCACUGUUACAUACAGAAUCUCAGAACUGUGGAGUUUAGAAAACUAAGAUGCAAACAAGAGAAAAAAAUUCAUAGAAUGAAAAUCAUUUCUCAUAGUGUAAGGGUAUUUAAUCAAAGAGAAUCUCAUCAACAUCGUUAAAGGUUUUUGUAAGCUGUGUGAAUAGGGAGGAUCUCAGGAUUAAUGGAGAUUAUCUUUAAUGUUGCCUACAAAGCAUGUCAUUGGGUCUGAUUUUCUCUGUACAGUACAGCACAAUAGUUGAUUGUUACUUAUCCUGAUUUUUUUCCAUACGGUUGAGCACAAUAGUUAAGCACUUCUUGCUCUGAUUUCUCUAUACAGUAUAGCACAAUAUUUAUACAAAAUGUUAGUACUAUUUUAUCUGAUUUCUCUGUACAGUACAUUACAAUAAUGUUAUGCUUCUUGUUGGUGUAUAUUUACAAUGUUAGUGUUGCUAAAAUCUUAGCUGAUCCAGAAGUGAAGAUGACUAUUUCUUUAUCAGAACCUACCCCUCAUGCAUUUGUUUAUCUGUGUGUAAUUUGUAAUACUAUACCACAGUAGUCUCCCCUGGAUCUGUUAAUUGACAAAGAAGAAGUGAUCUACAAGAGGACUGCUAUUUUUAUGGCUGUUUCAGAAUGGCAAUUAUGGGUUCCAGUUUUUAGUUUUAUGAUUUUAUGGUGAACUAAAAAGUAACACACCAGUUGUUUAUUAUCAUCUCUUAUCAUGUUGAAUACCACAGAAAAAGAGAUUUAAUAGUCAAGGUUCAAAUUCCUAGCCUUGUUAUUUCUGAACACUGUGUUAUUGUUAAACAAAGAACAGAAAAAAAGUUGUUGAAAUAAUGUAAAUAAACACUGUGUAUAAUCAUUGAUAUAUUGUUACGAGGUUGUUGUAUUAUGGCUAAUAUCAAACUUAGGAGAUGUGAAUGUUUUCUGUUUGUGCAUAAUAAAAUUGUGACAUUUGUG